AUGGCAGAAUGGGAUUUGCUACGGGUAUUACUAGACGAAGUUCAAGAUUACUCCACGCUUACAGGGAAAGUUUGGAUGACUGUGCUCUUCGUCUUCAGGAUUUCUGUCCUAAGCCUUGCUGGGGAGUCAGUAUGGGGAGAUGAGCAGUCCGAUUUUGUCUGUAACACUGAGCAGCCAGGCUGUACCAACGUCUGCUAUGACAAGGCCUUUCCCAUUUCACAUGUUCGUUACUGGGUGCUCCAGUUCCUCAUUGUCAGCACCCCUACAUUAUUGUAUCUGGGUCAUGUAAUCUACUUAACCAGAAGAAGGGAGAAGCAGAAUGCCCUCAUGGUGGCACAACAAUCAAGCAAGGAAAAAGAGGAGGAAAAUCCACAACGCAAGGAACCCAUUCGUCUUGUGAAGAUCCAAGGAGUCCUUUGGUACACCUACACUGCUAGUGUGAUUUGCAAGACCAUCUUUGAAACAGGAUUCAUAGUUGGUCAGUGGUACCUCUAUGGAUUUAUGAUGCCGGCAGUCUUUGUGUGUCAGCGAAAACCUUGUCCACAUAAAGUGGAUUGCUUUGUGUCACGACCCAUGGAGAAAACAAUCUUCAUUUUGUUUAUGCUCAUAAUGUCUCUAAUCUCUCUUUUGCUCAACCUUCUGGAGUUAAUGCAUCUCUUUGUCAAGUCAUGCUAUGCAUCUAAAAAGCAAGGCUCAUCAUAUUCUACAGCUGUCUUCCAAGAGAUGCUGCUGUCCCCACAAGAAUCCAACUCUGACCCUACAUCCAGAAACAAUGAAACAGAGCUUCCCAAAUACAAUAAAUCAUCUAAUGAGCAAAAAUGGCCACAUAUUCCAUCGGAUCAGGAUCACAUCAGUCACUAUACAAAAGCAGAGCAACAUUCUGUCUCCCUAGAGACACUGAGGUCCCCACAGGAAUCCUACUUCCACCUGUCAUCUAGGGGUUCUGGCACAGAACUUCCUGAAUACCGUAAAUCAUCUUCUGUGCAAACAUGUCCGCGUAUUUCAUUGGAGCAGAAGAACAGUCGCUUUAUCAAAGCAAAAGCACCACCUAUUCCAUUGGAUCAGAAGUACAAUAGUCAACAUAUCAAAGCAGUGGCUCCUUCUGUCUGCCAGUCAGAAGACAGCCUAACUGUGGUGGGUUGUGGUUCACCAGGUCGAGUAAGCAACCAGAGCUCAAUUACUGUCAAGUCUUCAAAGUCAUAUGUGUGA